GCAUUGCGCCUGCUCAGCGGCGUCCGGCUCAGGGCUGCGAAAUGGCCGUCCCUUUGCGCUUCGACGGAAAGGUGGUACUGGUGACGGGGGCUGGAGGAGGUUUGGGAAGAGCUUAUGCAUUAUUAUUUGCGGAAAGAGGAGCUUCUGUUGUUGUAAAUGACCUUGGCGGUGACAUCAAAGGAGAAGGCAAAUGUUCAUCUGCUGCAGAUAGAGUGGUGGAAGAGAUAAGGGCAAAAGGAGGCAAUGCUGUGGCCAGCUAUGAUUCUGUUGAAGAAGGAGAAAAGGUUGUUCAGACUGCUUUAGAUACCUAUGGAAAGAUUGAUAUUGUUGUUAACAAUGCUGGGAUUUUAAGAGACCGUUCUUUUGCAAGAAUAAGUGAUUUGGAUUGGGAUUUAAUCCAGAGAGUUCACUUGAGGGGUUCAUUCAAAGUCACAAGGGCAGCAUGGAACUACAUGAAGAAUCAAAAGUAUGGCAGAAUUAUUAUGACCACAUCUGUUUCUGGAAUUUACGGUAACUUUGGACAAGCAAAUUACAGUGCUGCUAAACUAGGACUUCUGGGUCUGGCAAAUACCUUGGCUAUUGAAGGUCAAAAGUACAAUAUCCAAUGCAAUACUAUUGCUCCAACGGCUGGUUCCAGAUUGACCCAAACUGUACUUCCUCAAGACUUACUGGAUAUUCUCAAACCUGAGUUUGUAGCACCUUUGGUGCUCUGGUUGUGCCAUGAAAGUUGCAAAGAAAAUGGCGGCUUAUUUGAGGUGGGAGCAGGCUGGAUUGGCAAAUUGCGUUGGGAGCGAACUCAAGGUGUUACUGUAAGACAGAAGAAUCAACAAAUGACCCCCGAAGCCGUGCGUGACAACUGGAAACAGAUCUGUGACUUUGAUAAUGCAUUGAAACCCAAAAGUGGUCAAGAUGCACUUAAUGAGCUACUGAACAAGCUGGACACUAAAGAGGGAAUCUCCACAAAUCUGACCAGUAGCCCAGUGCAGACUAGCACGUCAAGCAUCAGUCCAGUUGAAGCUAUCGGGAAAAAAAUGCCUUUGAAGGUAUAUACCUACAACAAUUUUCAGCCUAUUCUCUAUGCUCUUGGAGUUGGCAUGACCACAAAGGAUCCAGAUCACUUGAAGUUUCUUUAUGAAGGAAAUGAAGAGUUCUGUUGUUUGCCUACUUUUGGAAUAAUUCCUGCCCAAGGUUCUGUUACCGAUGGUUUUGAAUCACUUCCUGGACUGAAUAUCGACUUCACAAAGAUGUUACAUGGGGAACAAUAUCUGGAACUAUACAAACCUCUGCCAACUUCAGGGACACUGAAAUCAGAGGGUACCAUUGCAGAUAUUCUUGAUAAAGGAUCCGGUGCUGUUAUAAUUCUAGAUGUUCAUACUUACAAUGGAGGAGACUUGAUCUGCUAUAACCAGUUCUCUACGUUUGUUGUUGGAGCUGGAGGCUUUGGUGGAAAAAGGAGGUCUGACAAAGUUAAGGUUAUUGUGCAACCUCCCAAUAGACCGCCUGAUGCUGUAAUCAGUGAUGCAACUAGUAUAAACCAGGCUGCUUUAUAUCGACUGAAUGGAGAUUGGAACCCUUUGCACAUUGAUCCAACUUUUGCAUCUUUUGGAGGGUUCAGAAAGCCUAUUCUGCAUGGAUUGUGUUCUAUGGGGUUUGCUGCACGGCAUGUCUUAAAGCAGUUUGCAAAUAACGAUGUGACAAAAUUCAAGGCAAUCAAGGUUCGUUUUGCAAAACCAGUCUUUCCUGGACAAACAAUAGAAACUGAAAUGUGGAAAGAAGGAAACCGCAUCCAUCUUCAGUCAAAGGUGAAAGAAAACAAUGAGUUUGUGCUUACUGGAGCAUAUGUGGAUCUGCAAGACACUGUGUAUAAGCCCAGAGCUAAUGAUACUGGCAUGAGAGCAGAGCUGCAAAGUGAUGUAGUGUUUGCAGAAAUUAGUCGCCGCAUUAAGGAUGUUGGCAGAGAGAUGGUUAAAAAAGUGAAUGCAGUGUUCCAAUGGGAUAUCACUAAAGAUGGGAAGACAGCAAGACAGUGGACUAUUGAUCUUAAGAAUGGUUCUGGAGAAUUGUACCAGGGAGUGGCACGGCAUCAGGCUGACACUACCUUCAAGUUAUCAGAUGAAGAUUUCAUGGAAGUGAUAUCAGGAAAGCUUAAUCCUCAAAAGGCUUUCUUUUCUGGCAAGCUGAAUAUUAAAGGAAACAUCAUGCACAGCCAGAAACUUGAAAUGAUUCUUAAAGAUUAUGCAAAACUAUAAGAAAAUCAUGACUUUUGAGAAUAUGAUGCUGUUUCUCUGCAGCACCCAAAGUCUUUGAAGUACAGUAGUAAAACUUCUCAAAUGGUAUUAUGUUCUCUUUUUUUCAUGCAUAGCUAUCGCUAAAAUAAACUGACUUUGUUUCAAAUGGUAAAUUUGCCCAAAUUACUCACUGGCUAACAGUUUUGUGCUUUUCUCUCAUUUCUGUUUGCUACAGAUUGUGGCAGGAUGAUGUUCAUUUUUAAAUCACAGAAGAUAAAUUGUCUAUUAUUUCUGUACUCUGCGUAAUGGCCUUGAUUUUCUUAAUGUUUGUAUUAUUUACAAUGUUCAGAACAAAAAUUGUUCUGUUUUUUUUUGUAAAGCAUCACUGUUUUUGAGGAAUGGAGACAGCUGGGAGAGCAUCCACUUAUGUGCUUGCUUCAGGCGGCUGCUGGAUUUAAAACAUUCAGAGGAAGCAGUUUUUGACUGAACAGUUGUAUUUAUAUUCUGGGACAUUUUCUCAAAUUAGAAAGGUAACUUGCUGCUACUGACAUGCCUUCCUCCCUUUGUUUCAGUUUAACUUUUAAUUCUGAAUAAAUUAUCAUUUAAAA